AUGGCCCCGGCCCCGGCCCCGGCCCCAACCCCAACCCCGGCCCGCUACCGCACGGAGCCCCGGGGACGCCCCGACUCGCCCCACUACCGCCUCUACUUCAAGAAUUCAGAGGGUCACUACAUCUCUCCUUUUCAUGAUAUUCCUUUGUUGGCUGAAUCAGAAGAGCAGAAGAACGUUCCUCCAAAGAGAGCCCGGAUGGAUGGAGACGAGAUGGUGUUUAAUAUGGUGGUAGAAGUGCCUCGUUGGACCAACGCUAAAAUGGAGAUUGCCACGAAGGAGCCAUUGAAUCCUAUUAAACAAGAUAUAAAGAAGGGCAAGCUACGAUACGUGGCAAAUAUCUUUCCUCACAAGGGUUAUAUAUGGAAUUAUGGUGCCCUCCCACAGACUUGGGAAGAUCCCCACCACGAAGAUCACCACACCGCCUGCUGCGGAGAUAAUGAUCCUAUUGAUGUCUGUGAAAUAGGCUCAAAGGUUCAUUCUCGGGGCGACAUUGUCCCAGUGAAGAUCCUCGGUGUUUUGGCCCUGAUUGACGAGAGCGAGACAGAUUGGAAGUUAAUUGCCAUCAACGUGACGGACCCUGAUGCCCCCAAGCUCCACAAUAUCGAUGAUGUCAGGAAGUACAAGCCAGGAUACCUUGAAGCCACGCUGAACUGGUUCCGAUUUUAUAAAGUGCCCGAUGGAAAGCCAGAAAAUCAGUUUGCUUUUAAUGGAGAGUUCAAAGACAAGGAUUUUGCUCUUGACGUCAUCAAAUCCACACACGAGUAUUGGAAAGCUUUGCUCCACAAAAAGGUUGACGGAGGGGCUAUAAAUUGUUUAAAUGUGCAGGUACAAGAUAGCCCGUUCUGCUGCAGCGCUGAGGAAGCCAAAUCCAUAAUACAGUCGUUUUCUAAGGGUCCCUUAGGAGAAGCAGUCGAAGACAUCCAAACUGCUCACAGAGACAGCAAAACCUUUCAAAACUGUCAGACAUCUUCUUCAAUGGACCAAGAUCCCAUCUCCCAAGAAGAUGAUGGGUGGCACUUUCUCAGCAAGUGAUGGAAGCGUCUCUUCAUCAAGCCUCCAGUUGGCAGCCUCCUCCGGCCUCCAGUGCUGCCCGUAGGAUUCGCUGGCUCCCCCGAAUCAAGAGCGGAGAAUCGGAUUCUCGGAACGGCGUGGCUUGUAAAUAAACCCAUGCAUUUUCGGCCACCGCGCUUUCAGUGCUACUUAACGAUGGGCGAGGAUUUUCAUGGAAGGGUGGCCGAUUUCCAGUGAAUGU